CUGGCAUCUCAGGAGAAUCUGGGCGAGGAAGGUUAGCUCAAAAGAUCGUGGAAAAGAGGGUUUGCUUGAGAAGGCAUGUUUGGGUUUUGUAUAUCUGUAAAUAAGUGCCAUUUCCAAUAGGAUAACUUGGAGAGAACAUAAACUUUGAAUACUUCAGGACUUAAAAAAAAACAGUUUCUUUUGGAAGCGUGACGUGACGGGCAGUGUCAAUUUCUGCUGUCCCAUACGGACUGCUUUGGAACAAUUGGGCCAGUAGCGCUAGCUUGUUACCCAGCUUGCUAACUAGAUAGCUGCUUCAAAUAACGCUAGCCUGAAACAUUUUGGCCCUGGCCCUCUUUUCUGGGGACUGGGGUGACAUUGCACUACUCAGGACAACACCGGACCUGAUCCUGUAAUCCAGUCUUUGUUGAAGGAAAGAAUACUACAAAACAGACAGAUUACAUUUUGCCUCUUAAUCAGUCUGUGUGGGACAGAGGAAUAGACAUGGGGACUCCAGGUUCAGGGCGAAAACGGGCACCUAUCAAGGACCGCUUCUCUGCUGAAGAUGAGGCUUUAAGUAGCAUAGCACGUGAGGCGGAGGCCAGGCUCGCUGCGAAGCGGGCUGCGAGAGCUGAGGCACGAGACAUGAGAAUCAGGGAAUUGGAGCGGCAACAGAAAGAGCCCUCUUACCACCACUCUUCCUCUAGCAGGAAGUGGGGGCAAAUCCACCAGUGGAUGGCAGACACUGAAAAGGCCCGGCACAGCCUUCGAGGCAGAACCCAUAGUCGCCGGAAGGGCCUGGAAGAUGAUGCAAUAUCUGUCCAAAGUAGUGGAAGUUACAGGUCAUCAUCCUCAUCGCUGCUAGGCAACUUGCAUAACUCCAACCGAACCAGCACCUCCAGAAAAAAAAGCUUGGUGUCUGAUGGCCUCCUCAGUAAUUCCUCUUUGAAGAGCUCUCGCUCCACUAGCUCUGUGUAUAAUGAUCUCCACAAGAAGUCUGACAGUAGGAAAGAUCUGCUGACUGGGUUGUAUCAUGACCAAAGGAACUAUACCAGUAUAAAGAACUCAAAACCACCACCUUCUCUAUCCUCCACUGUUUCUACCCAUCAACCACGGGCCACUCCCACCACCAUCUCCACAGGUUUGACACGCAGCUACAGCCUGGCUUCUAUAUGUGGUGAUGGUCUCUAUGGCUCAUACAAUUCCAGAGCUCCAUCAGAAUGCAGCUGGUACUCCUCUAGUGCCAGCUCCACCCGCAGUAGCCCAGUGUCCUCCUCUGAUGACGACUCUUCUAGUACUGUGUCUCAGAAUCACCGCAGGAGAAGGGAUAGUGUGUCAUCUGAACUUUCUGACAUAAGUGCAACAGCUGCUGACUAUUUCAGUCGCUCAAACCGCAGAGGCAGUAUUGUCUCUGACUUAGAUGAUCUGAGCAUCCCAGAUCUGGACAGUUUGGAAGAGAAGUCUGACAAGCAGUUCUCAGACUCAUUCAGUCGGCCAUCUUCUCGAUGUGCUACUCCAGGCCUUUCUGCAGCUGCUCUGACCUCUCUGGGUGGCACUUCCUCCAGGCGAGGCAGUGGUGAUAUGUCCAGUGUAAUUGCUGACCCAGAUGCCUCUCUUAAUGAACUACGGGACAUCUAUGAUCUAAAGGACCAGAUUCAGGAUGUAGAGGGGAGAUACAUGCAGGGGCUUAAAGAGCUGAAGGAAUCCCUGUCAGAAGUGGAAGAGAAGUAUAAGAAGGCCAUGGUAUCUAAUGCACAACUUGACAAUGACAAGACAAACCUCAUCUACCAGGUAGACACGCUUAAGGAUGUUAUUGAGGAAAUGGAGGAGCAAAUGUCGGAGCUACACAGAGAAACCGAGGAGAAGUCAAAGGAAUUAGAGAGGCAAAAGCAUACAUGUGCAGUCCUAUUACAUAAACAAGAGGAGCUAAAAGAGGGGCUCCAUCAGCGAGAUGAACUUAUUGAGGAGAACCAGAUCAUUCAGCUCAAGUUAGAUACCCUCACGAGAGAGGAGUUUGACCUGCAGGAAACUAUUAACUGGAAGGACAAAAAGAUUGCGGCCUUAGAGAGGCAGAAAGAGUACUUUGAUUGCAUUAGGAAUGAGAGGGACGAGCUCAGAGAUGAGCUGGCUGACCUCAAGGGGAAAUCCAAAACAGGAGAGAAACACGGGCUGGUCAUCAUUCCUGAGGGCACGCCCAAUGGGGAUGUCGAUCAUGAGCCUGCCACCUCAACGAUCACUGUUGUCACACAGGAGGCUGCUCAGGUGCUCGAGUCUGCUGGAGAUGGACCUUUGGAUGUUCGGCUACGAAAACUUGCUGAAGAAAAAGAUGAACUUUUAGCCCAGAUCAGGAAACUGAAAAUGCAACUGGAGGAAGAACGGCAGAAACAUUCUAAGGUGGAAAGUGUUUAUCCGGACGGAGAACGAAUAGAAAAUGGCACUGACUUGCACUUCAUUGAAAUGCAGAGGGAUGCCAACAGACAAAUUAGUGAAUAUAAAUUCAAACUCUCAAAGGCAGAACAAGAAAUGGGUACAAUGGAACAGAAUAUAAACAGACUUGAGGGGCAGGUGUUAAGAUACAAAGCAGCAGCUGACAACUCAGAGAAAAUUGAAGAUGAACUAAAAGCUGAAAAAAGAAAACUUCAAAGAGAGUUGCGUGCAGCCCUGGACAGAAUUGAGGAGAUGGAGAUGACCAAUAACCACCUGGUGAAGAGGUUGGAAAAGAUGAAAGCCAAUCGCAAUGCCCUUCUAUCCCAACAGUGAUGAGACUUGCCUUGGCGACUGCACCUUCUUAAAAGUCCUCAAAUUCCUCUCUAGCCUCAGACUUUGCUGCCAUACACUGCAAAUGCUGCUCCUACUCCUGCUCCCUAAGGCCGUGUACGUGUGGGAGACCAAAAAGAAACACCUUGUACCAAUAAUCCUAUUCCUUUUCAUUAAUAUAAAAAAGAAAAGGAAAAAAAGACUGGUUCACACCUAAAUCUGUCAAGAAGGGAGUGUCCAAACAAUUGUGCUUACCUUUUGUCUCGCCCUUACUUUACUCAGAGGACCUUUCUUGCUGUUGUUUCCUGUUUUGAAAGCUUUGUAUAUCAUGCCCUUUGGCUGGGUUUCAUUGCUUGGAUUGGGUGCUUGAUUCCUCUCCCUAAUUGUGUUUUCCGCUUUCCAAUAAGUUCCUUGAAUGAGUAUAAAAGUGUAUUUUAAACUUCAUUUCACCCAGCUCAUGCACACAUUGAUAUGUCCACAGCAAUGUGCCUUUUGUUCACAGGGAAACUUAGGGUUUGCAUUAUAAAAAGGUUAUUUAAAACAAUCGGUAUUUGGUACAGCAAAAAAAAGUAUUUAAUAUAGGGAUUGUUUGAUUUCCGAUUAUAUAAAAACAAUGCUAUGUUUUCAAAAAGGAUUUUUCCCAAAAAUAUUUAAAAUAUUUCUUGAAAAUAAAUGUGUAAAUUGGUGAUGUGUGAA